AUGAUGCGAAAGGAGCGUCGUCAGCUGCUUGAUCGGUGUCUGAUCGAUCUCAGUCGUGAAAUGGAAGUUGACGAUGUACUAAUGUACCUUCAGGGAAAAGGAGUGUUCACUGAUGCAGUCGUGGAUAAAGUUCUGUGCUCUGGUAGCGCCACAGCUCAACGAGCUGCUAUUGUUCGUGCGGUAAAGUCGAGAGGUGAUAGAGCGUUCGAGGCAUUCUUCCGAGCACUGCUCCACGCACGACAGCGGCAUCUGGCUGACCUUCUUCGACCGCUCAUCGAUGAUGGGGUUUUGCAAACGAUUGAAGCUAGUCUACAGGAUGUUACCAGUGGACAUUCUAUUUGUCUUGAAUCAUGA